UUCUUUUCCGCUGUCUUCACUCAUUUUUUUUUCCUCCCUGCUCCCACACCUUCCCCCCCAGCCCUCUGGCUCCCACAUAGCUGCACACACUUGUAUCCAAAAAAUCACAGACACCACCUGGGCCCCCAGUCCCCUCCUCUACUCUCUGUCCUCCCCACCCCCACGUGCAGCUGGCCAUGGCCUCAGAAGCAGAGAAAACGUUCCACCGGUUUGCCGUCUUUGGGGACACAUCCAGCAGUGGCACCGAAAUUACCAACAAGAACUUCUCCAAACUCUGUAAAGACUGCGGCAUCAUGGAUGGCAAGGCGGUGACCUCCACAGACGUGGACAUUGUGUUCAGCAAAGUGAAGGCCAAGAAUGCCAGAACCAUCAACUUUCAACAGUUUCAAGAGGCGAUGAAGGAGCUGGGCCAAAAGCGCUUCAAGGGGAAGAGCCUAGAUGAGGCUUUGGAGAAUGUUUAUAAACUCAUGGAAGGCAAGGACCCUGCUACCACCGGUGUUACUUGCUGUGGACUCUGCACGUUGGAGGCAGGGCUUGGGACUGAAGCCCUCUGGCACUGGCUUGAUCAGAAGAACUCCUCUGGAUACAGAGAAAUCCGCUGUCCUUUCCCACAGCAGAACCCUCCUGUUUCAGGAGUAGAUGGUUCUGUCAGAGUUCCUGCCCACAGCUGUGUCUGGACCUCAGGAAGCAGCGCCAUGUCAGAGGCAGCGCAAGCAAUCCCAGCAUGUGCCUUAGGGCUCUAAGGACCCCCCAAGCACGUGCCUUAGGGCUCUAAGACCCCCCAGCAGUGCCUUAGGGCUCUAAGAUCCCCAGCACAUGCCUUAGGGCUCUAAGACCCCCCAGCACGGGCCUUAGGGCUCUAAGACCCCCCCAGCACGUGCCUUAGGGCUCUAAGACCCCAAGCACGUGCCUUAGGGCUCUAAGACUGUAAGUGGGGAAGGGCUGUGAUAGCGCAGGAAAAGGAGGAAGGCUCAACCCCCACCCCACCC